GAUCUUCCAUCCACUACUGUGCUGAAGAACAGUCCUGGACCAGUCCAGAGCAAUGUUUCCAGUCCUCAAAGAGAGGAACAAAGGACUGAUCUGCUGAAGAGAACACAAAUGAAAAAACAAAACAAAAAGAAGAUGGCAGAUGAAGGGACAAGAGAAGAGGGCCAAGAUUGUAAAGUUCCAGAGACGCCUGGAUCAUCAUCCUCUAAUGACUCAGAUCAAACUGACUCUCCCACCUCCUCCAGCCAGAAGAACGAGGAUCAGAGGGAAGCUCAAAGAGGACCUCUGGAACCUCCGUCAGAAGAUGCUGCUUUACAGAAAAGUCCAGAGAAUGAGGCCACACAGCGAGAGGGUUCUACAACCAACUCUUGUGAAGAGACAGAUGGUACUAUGGAAGAUGAGCCAACAAAGAACUCUGUGAUGGAUCCAAUCAGGAAACAGAAAACUGAAGACCUGUUGAUCAGACUCCACCUGCUGGAGAGACGUGAGAAUAACCUGACCCCUGCAGAGUUUCUUCAGAUUCAUCAAACUAAAGAACACGACCAAGACUUAUGUGAGGCUGAUCUGUCCUCUGUUUAUCUGCACAAACUGUUGAUGUUAGACUACAGGGCCAGAUAUAUUCAGACCAAACAGAAAAGCACAAAUGAAACAGGCCCACGUGAACAGAAUGGCAUAGAGCAAUUGUUUGACACUGCUGAGGAUGAAACCUCAUCAGAACAGACCCACAUCCACCCUCUGGACGUCCAGAUGGCAGUGUUCCACUGCUCAGACUCUUUUCUAAAGCAGAAGAUGGUCACAAAGCUGUCCCAGUGUCAGUACGCCUUACCUCUGCUGGUGCCUGACCCAUUCACUGGACACAUCCAGUGUCCUCUGUGGACGUUCAGACAGAUCCAAAAAACAUGGAGGAAAACUGAAACCAAAGACAAUUCAAAUGUUGUGAUGAUGAAGUCAAUGCCCAUCUGCAAAGCAGAGACCCCCAUGGUGUUCUGUUUCCGCCUGGGCUCUCUGUCUGUGUCCAAAUCUCAGUUCAUCAACACUUUGAUCAAUGACCGCCACAGCACCUUCUUCCACAGAAACUGCCCCGGCAGCUCCAAAAGUCGACUUCUGUUUGAGGAGGUAGCAGAGAUCGCCUGGUACUGCCCGGCUGGAAAACCCAACGACAGCUUCAGUGACUGUGUGGCCUUCUGCAACCUUCAUGGAGAUGGUCUGAGUCACGACCAACAGCUGAACAUACUGAUGGAAAAGUCCUCGGUCAAUGUGGUUUUUGUGCAGAAAAUGGAUCGAACUCAUCAAAGUGCUGAAGUGAUCAUACGUUUUAUGGAGUCUCCAAAACCUCUAAUUGUUUUAAUAGGAAACAGCAGCAAAACUGCACUGUUAAAGGAUGGGAAAUAUAAAGUUGGUCUUAAAGACAGAAGCCAGUCAGAUGUGUCUGAGGAGCUGAAGAGAAUCAUCAAAGACAUUUUAUCUGCUCCACACAAGUCCUUUCAGCUCAAGUCCUUUCAGCUUGAGUCCAUGUUUGACACUGGAUUCAGAGUGGAUGAAAAUAAUCCCAGCUGCACUAAAGGUUUUUCCUUUGCCAAAGAAAUUAUAAAGAUAAUUGAGCCCAUAAAAGAAUCUGAUAUUAAAAAGACAUUUCUCCCCUGUCAAGGCCAAACGUGGCAUGACUGGUGCAGAAUAAACAAAGAACUGUAUCGACUCAAAGGAAAUGUGGAAAUGGAAAAGAGCAGAAAGCAGGAAGAGCAGCAGAGACUAAGAGAAGAACAGUGCAAAGUCUCCUGUAGUGAACUGAUGAAGUCUUUUAUCACACACCUCUCGACUUCAGAUCCAACAGAGAGAGAAUAUUUCCUCAAAUGGACUCAGAUCUUACUGGAUGCUCAUGCUGAAGGUUCUUUGUCUUUGAUUCUACAAAAAUAUGAUCAGAAGUGGUCUGAGGUUUUGGACCUAAAGAAGAAACUUGACAAAUCUGAUGAGUUAAAGUCCAAACAAGCAGAACUUGCAAAACUCUCAAAGGACCUUCAGUCUGCGACCUGUGGCCUGGAGCACAUCUUCAGAGAAAUGGCUCAGAUCUAUGAAGCCCAUAAGAGUCUGAAUAAACCUCCUGAAGAGAAGUGGACUGACUGGUCCAAAUACCCAGCGCUGGCUGCAGAGCUGAUGAUUUCAGGACACCCAAUGGAGCUGAUGGAUGGAGACGCAGGCCACGUCCCUUUAACCUGGAUCUCAGGUGUUAUUGAUCAGCUCAUCCUCAGACUGGGAGAUAAGAGGGUCUUUGUGUUGUCAGUUCUGGGCAUACAGAGCAGUGGGAAGUCCACGAUGCUGAACGCCAUGUUUGGUCUUGAGUUUGCAGUCAGUGCAGGCAGAUGCACCAGAGGAGCCUUCAUGCAGCUGGUAAAACUGUCUGAAGAAAUGAAGAAAGGUUUUGAGUGGGACUACAUCCUGGUGGUGGACACUGAGGGGCUGCGAGCUCUGGAGUUAGAAGGAAAUUCAACGAUUCACCACGACAAUGAACUGGCAACAUUUGUGGUUGGUGUUGGGAACAUGACUCUGGUGAACAUCUUUGGAGAGAAUCCUUCUGACAUGCAGGACGUUCUGCAGGUUGUGGUUCAGGUUUUCAUGAGGAUGAAGAAAGUUAAACUGUCUCCAAGUUGUGUGUUUGUUCACCAGAACGUCUCAGACGUCAACGCCACAGAGAAAAACAUGGAUGGAAAACGAAAACUGCAGGACAAACUGGACAAGAUGGUAGAACUUGCAGCCAAAGAAGAAGUUUGUGAUGCUGAAAAUUUCAGUGACAUCAUUGAGUUUGAUGUUCAAAAAGAUGUGAAGUACUUUGCUCAGCUGUGGGAGGGAAGUCCUCCAAUGGCUCCUCCAAAUCCAAGCUAUAGUGAAAGUGUCCAAGAUCUGAGGAGCUUCAUUCUCUCCAAAGCCUCAAAGUCUCCUGGUGUCACUCUCUCUGAUUUCAAAACUAACAUUCAUGAUCUUUGGAACGCACUUUUAAAUGAGAACUUUGAGUUCAGCUUCAAAAACUCUCUUGAGAUCGCUGUUUACAGAAAACUGGAGGUUGAAUAUGGAAACUGGACUUGGGUUUUGAGGCAGGAAAUGUUGAACACUGAAGAAAAACUUCAUCUAAAAAUUACAAAUGGAACUAUUGACCAGGUUAACCUCAGUUUUCUUUAUGAAGAAGUGAGAGAGAAAUAUGAUGAAAUCAAGAAGUCCAUGUCAGAAUACUUUGAGAAUGACAAAGACAAAGAAAUGUUAAUUCAGUGGCGUGGACAACAUGAACUUAAAAUAAACACUUUUCAUGAUGAACUGGUUCAAGGACUUCAGAGAAAACUGAAUAAUGUUUUUGAACAGAAGAAAGCAAGUAAAGAGUUUGACGAGAGGAAAACUGUGUUUGAGGAAAAACUCUUACAAAGCAAAGAGCUGACGCAAAAACUCAGAGGCAAAACACAAAAUGAUCAAGAACUGCAAAAUCAGUUUGACCAAUUUUGGAAAGGUUUAGUUUCUGAAGUAACACAAGGAGUAAAACCUGCUGAGAAGAUAAACCUGGAAGAGGAUCAGAUCAGAGUCAUUCAUGAGCUCGGUUUUGAAAUGGAUUUAAUCAAGUCAAGAAAAGGUUUACAACUCUACAAAGGUUUUUCUGAAUGUGGAGAUUAUACUGAUUAUGUUGUCCAGAAGCGCAAAAAAAGAGGAUUCAAAGAGACUUUGGUUAAAACAAAAGAAAAAGUUCAAUACCUUUCAGGUCGCCUUCCACAGGAGCAGCAGAUGGAGAUGGAAAAUCUCAUUAUAAGUGUUGAAAAACAGGCCUCAGAACAAAUAAAGAACAAACCUGUAGCAGAGAGAGGCUACAGUUCAACUUACCUGAGGGAAAUGAGCAUAAAUGUAAAAAAAUCUAUCGACAAAUUUGAAUCAGAAAGGAAAUUCCUUCUCCUGAAAGAGUUUAAAGUGGAUCUGAUUCUGUACGUGUUUUACAGGACACAAAAGUGGAUCUCAGACUCUCAUUCUCAGUUCAUCAAAAACAAUGAUGCUCACACAUAUUUGGAGAGUAAGAAAGAUGAAUACUACAGCGUGUUCAAGAGUUUCUGUAAAGGAAGUUCCUCAGCUGUGGUUCUCACUGAAUUAAUCUGUAACAAACUCAAAGUCUCUAUGACAGAGGCUGUGAUUAACCAGACAGCGAUCGAUAUAGCUGGAGAACUCAAAUGUAAUGUCCCAGCAUUCAAAGAGAACCGAGUCAACCUGGAGAAACAUCUGCUCAAGUCACUGGCACAAAAGAGAGAAUUUCAUAGAUACAUUACCUACAUAAAGGACCCCAGGUCAUACACAGAGACUUUUAUCAGAGAAGAAGUACAAACACAACUCUUACAAACACAGUACAAGGAGAAAUGCCAAAGUUUCUUUGAGGUGAACAUCUCAAACCUCCAAAUUCACAUAGUCCAAGCUCUUCAUGAAGUGUCAAAAAAAAACAAAGAGCAGAACAGAGACAUCUCCCAGUGGCUUCAGGAGUUUGUACAAUCCAUAAAAGACAAACUGACAUUUGGAACAAUUUUGUAUGAAAACUUUAGUGAUGUAACAAACUUAGACUUUCUGAAAGAAGAAAUAGAGAAAGGGCUAAAUUCCAUUUGCACUGAUCUUAAAACAUUAUCAGUGGACGAGUUAAAUGAGUCGAGACAGAAGCCAGACCAGAUCCUGAUCGAUCAGCUGUGUGACUGCUGCUGGGAGACAUGUCCGUUCUGUGCUGCAGUUUGUACAAACACAGUCAAAGAUCACAAAAGUGCUAAAGAAGGUGGGAUUGACCACAGUGUUCCUUUUCAUCGAUCUGGUUCCAUCAGAGGUUGGCACUACAAAGACACAGUGGAGAUGGGUUUGUCGUUCUGCACAACAAAAGUAGCAGGUGAUGGCUCUUUUUACCCUGAUGAUUCAGACAGACUUGUGCCUUACAAAACAUAUCGUUCUGCUGGUUCUCCUCAUGACACAUGGAGCAUCACCCCUGAUCAGUUUAAACUGUCAUAUUGGCAGUGGGUCGUGUGCACAUUUAAAGAAGAACUGGAAAAACACUAUAAUUUAAAAUAUAAAGGUCGUGGUAAAAUCCCAGACGAUUGGAAAAACAUCAGUUAUGAAGAGGCAAUAAAAAGUCUGGAGGAAAUGUACAAAUAGACACAGAACAAAAACAGAACACAGCAUGAAACAAGAUCAUUAUGUUUUAAUUAAUAAGAGUAACACAAGUGAAAAAGAGUUAAACCAUAGUAAGACUACAGAGAAGUGAUAAGUGAAGAAAAACAAUGAGAGAGUAACACAUAUUUUAUCUGUUUUGUUUUGUUUUGAAAAGAUCAAAAUGUUAUGAAAUCGGACAUUUACAUAA